GGGCUUAUCUCCGUAAUCAAACAGAAGUCGAUAAAACACAGAAAAGAAAAAAACUAAAAAAGUAGUAUAAGUUAUAACACCCCAUUAUCGCAGUUUGCUCAUGGGGAAAAGAUAAAAAAAAAAGAACUCGAUUUCUGUUGCAUUCAUGCGCUAUCAUCAUCCAAUUCUUCGUUCGGGCUUAGAUUCUCCAGAUGGCAGCAACCCAACAUCAAUCCACCGAUCACAUCAUUGUUCCUCCAAAUGACUCUUCUAUUACUGAGUCCUUGGUAAUGAAUGCAGAGGAGAAACUGGUGCAACCUGAUAUCAUUAAAGAACAGGAUGCUGCAAUCAGCUAUUCAAGGGAUAAUCCAAGCCACUCAGGAGCCUUGAAUGUAGCUGGAGAUCUCACUGUCUAUCCUCCCAAUCUUUGUGCCCCUUUAGCACAUCCAAUGUACUACAAAGGUUUUGAAAAUGGCUCAGGUAAAUGGGAUGAAUACUCUCCAUUCAUCAACACCGAGACACUGGAUGCCAAUGGAUCUCCUGCAAUGUAUACAGACAAUUCGGUUGUGUUCCACACGGGUUAUGGCUACAAUUCCCAAAUGCCAUAUGGUCCAUAUUCUCCAGUGACCACACCUCUCCCUUCUGUUAAUGGUGAUGCUCAGCUAUAUCCACAUCCAGCUCAGCAAUAUACAUUCUCUGGAUCACCAUAUUAUCAGCAUCCUGUGGCUCCAUACACUCCAGUUUCACAACAGCCAGAAUUAAAGUCUUUGGUGAGCAGUGAACAUGGUGAUGGAAUGGUGUAUGGGCCAAGACCUGGUUUCUCAUCACCAGUAGGUGCUUCUGUUGGGAGAGGUGAUCCUCCAGGGAGAGUUGGCUUUCAGGAAAGUCUGGAUGCAUUCAGAAGCAGAGGAGGACUUUGGUCUGAUUGGUCUGGACAAUCAGACAGACACAGAUCCUUUAUGCCAUUAUCACCUUCUGUAUCUCCUCAUCAUACUUUUGGAUCUUUUCACCAAACCUUUGGAUCUACAUCUCAACAGCCACCAUCAUUCUACGGAGCAAGCUCUUACGACACCACCUAUUUAAACAACGGCCUCACUCCAAAUCCAAACCACGCCUUUGCCACGUCAUCACUCUCCACGCCAGAUGUACGACCAUGGCCCACUCUGGACAACACCAGACGCCGAGGUGGCAGGGGACCCGCUUCUCUUUGCAGUUGUAGUUCCACUCUCGAUAUUCUCAGUGAACAAAACCGUGGUCCCAGAGCCUCUAGACCUAAAUCCCUUUUACCUAAUAACAAUAAUAAUAAUAAUAAUAAUAAUAAUAAUAAUGAUAAUAUGAUGGAUGCCUCCUCCCAAAGCCUCCCGGAUUCUGUAUCGGAAUACACAACCGAGGCUAAAUUCUUCAUUAUCAAAUCCUACAGUGAAGAUAAUGUCCAUAAAUCCAUCAAAUACAGUAUUUGGGCAAGCACUUCGAAUGGAAACAGGAAGUUAGAUUCUGCAUAUCGUGAAGCAAAAGAGAAGCAAACUUCUGUUCACGUGUUUCUGUUUUUCUCAGUGAAUGCAAGUGGACAGUUUUGUGGGGUGGCUGAAAUGCUGGGGGGUGUUGACUUUGACAAGAGUGUGGAUUACUGGCAACAGGAUAAAUGGAGUGGCCAGUUUCCAGUUAAGUGGCAUAUCAUUAAAGAUGUUCCCAACAGUCAGUUUCGCCAUAUAGUACUUGAAAAUAACGACAACAAACCUGUCACCAAUAGUCGAGAUACACAGGAGGUGAAAUUUGAGCAAGGAGUUGAAAUGUUGAAAAUUUUCAAUAAGUAUGAAACUGAUAUGUCGAUUCUUGAUGACUUUGACUUUUAUGAAGAAAGACAGAAGGCGAUGCAAGAGCGAAAAGCAAGACAACAACAGGGAAAUUUGGGGGGUGGAAAUGAAAAUAAAAAUGUUAAUGAGUUUAUCCGACAGAUGUCCAAAAGUUUCUCGGAGGUUGUCCGCCUGGAAGACAAAGAUACUUCCAAGUCAACACGUGUAAAACUCGAAAAAACCGCCAUGUCGUCGCCAGGUGUCGACACCACGGAUUAGUAAGUUUCGUGGUUUCCUUCCUUUUACUGCUUCUAAGGAUAAUAGUUUUUUAUAAUUCAUGAUAAAUUUGGAUCAAUAAUGAUACUACUAAUAAUAAUAUAAUUCCUUGGCUUCUUUCUUUCUGUUUA